AUGGCUGGAUGGAAACCAUCUCCUUAUGUUAAAUAUGGAUAUACCGAAAAGAAGUAUAAAUGGACUCAGACACCUGAAGAUGUAACAUUAACAAUAGAAUUACCUGAUGAAAACUUAAAAACAAAAACAGAUAUUCAAAUAAUAAUGAAAACAAAUAAAUUUGAAAUGAUUAUUAAAGGAGAAGUUUAUAUUGGAGGAGAAUUAGAACAUGCUAUUAAUGUAGAUGAUUCUACAUGGACUAGGGAUGGAAAAAUAAUUGAAGUCAUUCUUUCUAAGGGUAUGGAUACAAAAGGUGAUGGAGAAGGAUGUUGGUGGGGAUGUGUGAUUAAAGGAGAUCAUGUCAUUGAUGUUAAAAGAAUGGAAUCAACAAAAUACCUUGAUGACUCUCUUCUUAAAAAAUUAGCUGAAAAAGACAAAGAAGAAGCUGAAGGUAAAGAAGAAAAGGAAGAAGAAGAUGAUUAA